UUAUGGAUUCUUCUUCCCAGAAAUAAAAAGAAAUCUAGGCAAAUAUGUGCACCGCUGUCCUGAGUCUGUAAGAAGGUGGCUUCGGGAGCUGAAGGCUGCUGGGAAAAUUACCAUGUUGAUCACCAGUUCUCACAGCGACUACUGUAAACUUCUUGGCACUUACAUCCUCGGGAAGGAUUUUGCAGACCUUUUUGACAUUGUGAUUACAAAUGCAUUGAAGCCUGGAUUCUUCUCGCAUUGCCCGAGCCAGAGGCCUUUCCACACCCUCGAGAACGAUGAGGAGCAGGAGGAGCUGCCUUCUCUGGAUAAACCUGGCUGGUACUCCCAAGGGAACGCCACCCACCUUUACGAGCUUCUGAAGAAAAUGACCGACAAGCCUGAACCCAAGGUCGUUUACUUUGGUGACAGCAUGCACUCAGAUAUUUUCCCAGCCCAUCACUAUAGUAACUGGGAGACAGUCCUUAUUCUUGAGGAGCUGCAGGGGCAAGAGAUGGAGAAGGCUGAGGACGCAGAGCCUCUGGAGAAGAGAGGAAAAUAUGAGGAACCAAAGGUAAAGCCUCUAAAUUCCUUAUCAAAUAAAUGGGGCUCAUAUUUUACUGACUCAGUCUCGAGACGAGGGGAUGCAGAAGACUCCUUGGUUUAUACGUGGUCCUCUAGGAGAAUCAGCACCUCCAGUACUAUUGCAAUUCCAAGCAUCGAAGUGAUUGCAGAGUUACCCCUGGACUACAAAUUCACAAGAUUCUCUACAAACAAUUCAAAAACAGCUGGUUACUAUCCAUUGGUCCAUUAUGCCUUGGGUUCUCAAGAUACAAGCAGCAAAACAAUAUUUACUGAAAAAUGAACCAACCAUAUGGGCAGCAGACACACUGUUAAAAAAAAGUUAAUUUUCAAAAAUGCAAAUGAUUUAUGGGAACAAUUUUUCAGUGAAAAUUGACCAAAUGGGUACUUGUUAAUCUGUCUUUUUAAAAUAUAUAUCAUUUUAUAUAAAUAAUUUUAAUGUUUAACAGUUCUUGUUAUAUUAAAAACUUUAGUACCCUAAACUGAAAAAGAAUAUGUUUAAUAUUUUCUAUACUAGUAGUUUUGAGGAUUCUCCCAAGAUGAUAACAAACACCUAUGCAAGAGUAUAUUUAUAUGUCUACCUGGUCCAGCAUUUUCCAAAGCCUGGGCCACAGACUGACAGCAGAGCAACAUAGAACUUGAAAAUGCAAAUUUGAAUGCCUUGUUCCAAACCUCCUAAAUCAGACACUUUGGGAGUAGGGCUGAGCAAUGGCUUUUAAACAAGCCUUCCAAUGAAUGUGAUUCUCAACUGUGAUUUGAGACCUAGUGAAUAAACUCUGUGCUCCAAAAAUAGAUUUGUAUAGUUAAAUACAGGUAAAUAUUCAUAUCUUUGAUAUGUCCAUGUCAAAAAGUAUAACCAGAAUUGAUAGCCAACACCAGAGUCUAAUGAAACUCAAUUCUUUUUCCAAGCUACCAAGCUUUUUUUUUCCCCAAAAAUACAUAAAGAGACAUGAUUUCUUGAGAUGAUGUAGCCUUACUCCUUAGUAUUAAUUUCUCCCGUUAGGAAGAAGUUAAAUUUAGACCUAGUACACCGAGUUCGGGGUUAGUCCUUGGGAAGGGGGAAGAAAUGGCUGAAGGCAUUCAGUGUUGAGAGUUGUACCAGGCCACUCCAGGUCGGUAGGCGUGUUCUGGGUGUUCCCAUUAGCUGUGUUAGAAGCAUUUGCAGCAGACCAUGGCCACACAAGAUGUUUGGCUUCAGAUGAUGGAAGUCCCUGGAUCCUCUUUUGCCUGUUAACUUCAUUGUCCAUAAUAGACAAGACUAGAAAACGUUAUCAUUAUUUUUUUUCCGUGGAAUUCAGCUUAUUAACCUAUGCACUGAAAAACUAUUUUCUUAAAAUGUGUAAAUGUUCAGAUAAAUCCCAAGUGUACUAUGAGGAUGUGUUUCUCAGGGUAAUUAAAAGGAUAACUUUUUUUUCCUUAUUGUCUGUAUCUUUGAUGCUGAUCAAUAAGUAUACAUAAACAGUGACGUAUCUGAUCUCCAAAAUGUCGUUGGAGUAUUAUACUGAGCACGCACAAUCCAGCUUAGGGCCAAAUAGAAGAUGCUGUCUAUUGUAUGCUUUAGUAGACGUUUCACUGUGCUUUAAAAUAAAGCUAUU